AUGUGGAACAAUCCUUCAAGAGCAUGGAUGUACAAUCUGAUCGAUCCGUUCACUAAUCAUAUCUCAUCGGAUUAUUCGGCGGGUGUGGAAGAGUUCAUCGAUUUUGCCUGUAGCCAUGCACAAAAUAGUAGAGGUAGGUUUUACUGCCCUUGUGUAGUAUGUCACAAUUCGAAGUCUUUGAAAGCUGCCUCUGUUUCGAAUCAUUUGCUAAGUAGGGGGUUUAUGCCUAACUAUUAUGUAUGGUAUGAACAUGGUGAAGAUUAUGAUGUUGUUGGGGAGGGAAAUAGUAGUCAUUAUGCUAGUAAUACAGAUUAUGCUAGAGCUAGUGAACCAAUAGGAUUGGAUGGGGAGAAUAUAUAUGUUGGGAUGGUGAAUGAUGCAUUUCAUGGUUCUGUACCAUAUAACGAGUAUCAUGAACAUGAAAGUGGAAAUGAUCAUGUUCAUGAACAACCCACCCAAGAAGCAAAACGGUUUUAUGAUAUGCUAGCUGCUGCAAACACGCCACUGUAUGAUGGAUGUCGGGAAGGGCAGUCGCAGUUAUCGUUGGCAGCUCGGUUCAUGAACAAUAAGGUCGACUACAAUUUGUCUGAAAAUUGUAUAGAUUCAUGGACAGGACUUUUUACGGAGUAUUUACCAGAGGGUAAUCAGGCAACCGGUUCAUACUAUGAGACGGAGACUUUGAUGCGAAAGCUAGGAUUACCGUGUCGUACAUAUGAUGUAUGUAUAGAUAACUGUAUGCUCUUUUGGAAAGAUGAUGAGAAGUUGGAGCAUUGCAAGUUCUGCGGCAAACCAAGGUAUAAGGCUAGUGAAGGAAGAACAAGAAUACCGUUCAGUAAGAUGUGGUAUUUACCCAUUGCGGAAAGACUGAAGAGAAUGUACCAAUCUGAGAAGACUGCAGCUUUUAUGAGAUGGCACGCUGAGCACAGCUCUGAGGAGGGAUUAAUGUGUCAUCCUUCAGAUGCGGCUGAGUGGAAGAAUUUUCAGCAAUUGCAUCCCUCAUUUGCAGCAGAACCGCGCAAUGUUUAUCUUGGAUUAUGUACAGAUGGUUUCAAUCCUUUUGGGAUGUCGAAACACCAUUCAUUAUGGCCAGUGAUAUUGACUCCAUACAACUUGCCUCCUGGGAUGUGCAUGAACACAGAGUAUUUGUUUCUGACGAUUUUGAAUUCAGGACCGAAUCAUCCACGAGCUAGUCUUGACGUUUUUCUCCAACCAUUGGUCGAUGAGUUAACAGAGUUAUGGUAUAAUGGAGUGGAGGCAUAUGAUGUGUCCUUAGAUCAAAAUUUCAACCUUAAAGCUGUCCUUUUGUGGACUAUCAGCGAUUUCCCAGCAUAUGGCAUGUUGUCAGGAUGGACAACACACGGAAGAUUAGCUUGCCCAAUUUGUAUGGACGAUACAAAUGCAUUUCAAUUGCCAGCUGGUAGGAAGACAUGUUGGUUUGAUUGCCACAGGAGAUUUCUUCCUGCUAAUCAUCCAAUGCGAAAGGAUAAAAAACACUUUCUCAAAGGCAAACACGCAGUGAACGACUAUCCACCGCAAUAUUUGACGGGUGAACAGGUCUUACAUGAGCGUAUAAGAAAUGCCGAGCCGCCAAAGACUUCUGACUGCGGAGGAAAUGGGCAUGAAAAUAAAGUGGAUGGUUAUGGAAGUUGGCAUAAUUGGCACAAAGAAAGCAUCUUGUGGAAGCUCCCGUAUUGGACCGAUCUUAACUUGCGACACACUCUUGAUGUGAUGCAUACUGAGAAAAAUAUUCUCGAUAAUCUCAUGUACACUGUUAUGAAUGUGAAAGACAGAUCAAAAGACAAUGUGAGGUCCCGAUAG